ACGAUUUUGUGGCGGUGGUGUAAUUGUUUGACAGCUAAAAAAUAGAAGAGCAAGAACCUUUCUGAUUUACGAACCCCAAAUAAUACAUAUAAAUUUAGAGGCAUAGGGAACCCUCUCGAUGCGUGACUGAUUGUUGGUUAUCUCAAUAUUCCAGUUCCCAGACCUCAUAUCCACCGCCGCGACCGCCGCCGCCGCCACCACCACCGCCAGCAUGACUAGUAGAGGAGGAGGAGUUCCCGGAGGAGUAGGCAGAGACCGAUUUCGAAGAGAAUUUUCUUCUUCUCGAUUCGAAUCGAGUAGUGGUAACAGUAAGAGAGGGAAUAACCCGCCGUCGAGGCAUCUAUGGGUGGGGAAUUUAUCUCACAGUAUAGUAGAGGCCGAUUUGACAGAUGAAUUCCUGCAAUUCGGAGACCUGGAUAGCGUUGCAUUCCAGCCGGGACGCAGCUAUGCUUUUGUUAAUUUUAACAAGGAAGAGGAUGCGAUUGCGGCCAUCAAGUCUCUCCAGGGUUAUCCUCUCGCCGGCAACCCUCUUAGGAUUGAGUUUGCUAAGGCGGACAAGUCAUCAACACCAUCACAUGAUGAAGAUUACUUGCAACGGCGAGAUGAACAACGCCUUACAUUAAGGGGAUCCCCUUUCUUGCAGAGGGACUCUAGAGCGCGUAAUGCUAGCCCUGAAACUUUUUACCCUGAUAAAUCCAAGAUGAGCGAUAGUAGUGCAGAACCUAGUGAGGUAUUAUGGAUAGGUUUUCCAGCUUUACUAAAGGUGGAUGAAAUGAUCUUACGGAAGGCUUUUUCACCAUUUGGUGAGAUUGAAAAGAUCACUGUAUUUCCAGGUCGUAGUUAUGCUUUUGUGAGGUUCACAAAUCUAACAUCAGCUUGCAGGGCAAAAGAAACUCUUCAGGGGAAAUUAUUUGGCAACCCUCGUGUGCAUAUUUGUUUUGCCAAGAAUGAAGCUGGGUCUUCAAAUAGUGGAAGGACCCCACUCUCUCCGCAUUACAAGCCAAACAGUCGCCAAGGAGGCCCUGAGAACUUCCGGCAGGAUAGGGAUUUUGGGACUGCAGAUCCCAGUAUCAGAUCUCCUCAUUUCAACUCAGAUUUGGAUCCUGCGGGUUCUGAUGUCUAUGGCCUUAACAGGAAGGGAACCUUGCACCAUGUUGGAAACGGUGCAUUUGAUAACUGGAGGUUUGGAGAAGAACUAGGACCACCACCAGAUGUGUAUGAACGACUUGGUAGUCCUACAAGAGGGAGGGAUGCCCACUUCCAUGAAUUUGUUAAAAAGAACCCUCAGAAAGGUCCUUUUUAUGAAGAACCAUGGGAUUUACCAGAAGAUUCCUAUCUGUAUCAUGAAGCCAAGAAGUUGAAGACAGGCUCCUUUCCUCCUGACAAGGAACUUCCAGAGUAUCCUUACUCUGAUUUAGAACAGGAAAGAAGAGCUUUCCCUAGGGCAUUUUCUGAUUUUCCCCAACCAGAGGCAUUUGAUAAGAACUUGGAGGCUGGACCUUUUGGAUACACACCAAUCCAAGACCGGCCAAUCAAUUUAUCACUUCCUCAUGGAGAAAGGAAUGACCCCUGGAAAGUAUCUUAUGACAAUUUCCAGGCUGGCUCUGGUUCUCUGCCUGCAAAUCGUGCUGAGAGGAAAAGAUUCACCCCUGAACCAGAACCAUCCUCUUUGAAGUUAUGGAAAUGGGAAGGGACUAUAGCAAAGGGAGGCACUCCUGUCUGUCAUGCUCGCUGCUUUCCCGUGGGAAAAGCGCUAGACUUUAUGUUGCCUGAUUUCCUGGAUUGCACUGCAAGAACUGGUCUAGACAUGCUUGCAAAACACUACUAUCAAGCAGCUUCUGCUUGGGUUGUGUUCUUUGUCCCUGCUAGUGAUGCAGAUAUGGGAUACUACAAUGAACUCAUGCACUAUCUGGAGGAGAAGCAGCGUGCAGCAGUUGCUAAAUUGGAUGAUAAGACCACCUUGUUUCUUGUACCUCCAUCUGAUUUCUCAGAGAAAGUACUGAGAGUACCUGGCAAAUUGAGCAUAUCUGGUGUUAUUUUGAGAUUAGAGAAUUCUGGUUCAAAUCUUGGGCCUCUUCACCAUCCAAACGAAAAAAGGGAUAUGAACAUACUGCCAUUUCACAGGGAUCCAUCGUAUCCAAAGCCACCAACACAUUCAGGUCAGUUUCCUGCAAUGGUGUCCUUUUCAGAUUUGAGUAGAUCAGGAGGUGAUCCAGCUUUCCUGGGGAAUGUGGCUUCAACAGCUCCACCUGUGGCAUUUUCUGGUCCGGCCCAUCCUGCUGGAAGUAUAUCUGAUUCCUACAAUGAGAAUAGGCAUCAUUAUCAUCUCCAACAGCAGAACUCCACAUUGAGGCCCAACUGGUCUCCUCACCAUUCGCAGAGCAUUGUUUCUGGUAAUAGAAAUGUACCGUCACAAGCAGCCAAUACUGCUGUUGAUCCUGUUAUUCCAGAUCAUCACCCAGUCCUUCCAAGGACAGUGCAAGAAAAUGGCCCCACACAUUUUGCAAGUGGAAUGUCAACCAAUCCAUUGUCUGGAAACAGCAAGUCGACCUUUCAGGAAACCAAGCCUUCUGUUCCAGUGUCUUUGCCUAUUGCAGGUUUGCAACCACAACAACUUGCACAAUUAGCAUCAUCUCUUCUAGGGCAGCAGAGGGUAUCGGGUAAUAAUUCAAAUGGAUCUGCUAGUGAGGAUUUUAAGCCGACAGUGAAUCAGUCUGACAACCAAGUUGGAAUAGCACAGGCACAUGGUUUGCACAAAAAUCAGGUGGGCUCUGAGAUCCCGACAUCUCAGUUUAGUCAAUUGCAACAGAUGCAACAGCAGCAGGUAUCAAAUGUGCCUACUUCAGUGCCACCCCCAGUUAGAAAAGAUCUUCAGCCAGGGGCUCAGGGUAAUCAACGGAUGCAAAGUGCUGGCACACAGGAAGAAGCAGAUGGAGAUCCACAAAAGCGUCUGCAAGCAACAUUACAGCUCGCAGCAGCUCUUCUUCAGCAAAUACAACAAGGGAAAGGAACUUGAGUGGUGCCUGAUUAUGUUGAUUCCUCCACUACCAUGUGAGUGAAGUAGGUAAAAUAGCUUUUCUUCAGAUGAUGCUACAGAAUGUCUCCCUAGUAGCACUAUUAACCAAAAAAGUAUUGCUGCAAUUGAGUAAUGCCAGUGCUGUGUUCUGCUAUAUUUUGUGUGGCGAUGACAUGCUGCUUUAUGUCUCCUUUCUUUGUUGGCUUGAUCGGAAGAGUGAGGACUUGUAGCUGCAUGGCUCCAGGAAAUACUAAGCUCUUAUGCAGGUCCAUUAAAACUAGAUCCAUGAUUCAUCUUUAUUCCCUUUAUCCCCCCCCUUCUGUUGAAUAGAACUAUAUUAGAUCUCUGCAUCUGGUUUGGAAUAUAUCAUUGCACAGCUAAUCUAUUCUAAACUUUUACUGGAAAAUUGCAAGUAAUUCCACUGAUGUUUGUUGCUUAGUCGUGCAAAAAUGCUGUGGAAGAAAUUGGUUUCGGCAAAAAUGCUGUUUGUUAAGCAGGCUAUGUAAUGAAAGCCUUAGAAGAGCUGGUUAAUUGACAUGCUUCUCGCUUUUUAAGCCCU